GUUCCCUCCCUCUCGCUCCCGCGGCGAUCGCGAUCCGAUCGAGCCGCGUGGGCGCGGGCGCGUUCGGUCGCUCGCUUGACUUCGGCACCGGUAUAUACAUCUCUCUCUCUCUUUCUCUCUCUCCGAGGGUCUCCCGUCCCGUCCCAGCCCGGCGCCGCGCCUCGCCAUGGCCGUGUUCAUGCUGAACGUCUGCAAGUUCAACGGCUGCGGCCUCAGUUUCAGGGCCCUGGGCGAGCUGAUCCGCCACAUCGAGGAGACGCACAUCGAUUACGACCCGCGCGUCGUCGAGCAGUCCGAGCGCCAGCAGCCGGCCUGCAUCCCCUUGAGUUACGCGCUGCGCUUCCUGACCGACGCGGCGAGGAAAGAUGGCGCCGACUCGGCGUCGGUCCCGGGCUCGGCGGCUAUUCACCGCACAAGGCCCGGCCGCGCGUGCCUACCCGGCGCCCUGGCCUCCCGCUCGAUGAACGACACACCUACAGGCAGCGAGGCCGAAGACGGCGACUGGGACGGGGACGGGGGCGGCGAAGAGCUCGGGAGCGAGCCGGAAGACAGUAACGACUCCUGGACCACUUCCGAGGACCUCUCCGCCGACCUGGUCCUUCGCUACGCCAGCAGGUCCGUCAAUCGCAGCGUCCUAAACCCGAGAGGAACGGACAAGCCAUUCGCCUGUCCGAUACCGGGAUGCAAGAAACGAUACAAGAACGUAAACGGAAUCAAAUACCACUCGAAGAACGGACACAAAAACGACGCUAAGGCCCGCCAGUGGCAGUGGCAGCGUCAAUGGCAGCGGCAGAGGCAGCGCCAGGGUGCCUUCGAGUGCCGCUGCGGUAAGAGGUACAAGACCUCCUACGGACUGAAGAACCACGCGAGCAUCCGGCACGGGGGUUCGAGUCAGGCCCUGGUCCCGGACCGGGGGUCCCUCGGGACCCCCGAGUCCAGGUCGGGGAACAGGACAGAGGCGAAGGUCCCGGCGAUCGAGGACCACGGGUACAUAAAGCGAGAAAACGAGCCGGGGAUCCUGUCCCUGUCCUCGGUGCCCUGAAGACCGGCCUACCUGGCGAAGAUCCCUAGUCGACUCCCGUAGGACCCGGGAACCUCGAAACCCGCGACGAGGAAGAGAAAGGGGAACGGCUCGAAGAGGCCGCUCUCGUCGCGGCAUUCUAUCUCUCUAAAUAAAGGAGAGUGACCGCAGGUCGAGCAGGACCAGGCCCAUUGCGAAUGGGGCCCAAGAUGCGGAAUAGUUCCUCGAACACUCGCAAGAGGCGCUGCGUAUAGUUCGGAGCCGAGAGGUCUCCGUUGAGAUUCGUUGAUAAGUGUUGUUAAGCGCUCCUCGACUCCACCCGGACGCGAGUUUUCCGCUCCCUCCCGUCGAGGGGACCUCCUAGAGUCGUCCUCGAGGUUAACGCGUCUUGUCGAUUAACGUCGGUAGCGAUUAACGAUUAACGAAGGUAGCGCUUAACGCGAGUAUGGCGGGAAAACUCGCGACCGAGGUGAGCGCCGAGUUUGUUAUUGAGAGGAGACGAGUUUUGUUACCGAUUGAAAUAAAUAUGAGAAACUAAGGAGGCUAGGCUCGUCCCCGGUCGGUUUCCGUUUCCUCGGGGUCCUUAACCCUUUGCACGCCCAAUUAUUCAGAUGUCGAGUCACCCUCGACAAAGGGGGCCCUUUAAAAUUCGAUUUGAUUACGCAGAUUACAAAUCGCUACGAUUUGUCGUUACGCGCGUAACCCCCUUUAGAAUUCGAUUUGAUUGCACAGAUUACAAAUCGCUGCGAUUUGUCGUUACGCGUGUGACCCCGUUUAGAAUUCGAUUUGAUUGCACAGAUUACAAGUCACUACGAUUUAUCGUUACGCGUAUAACGCCCUUUAGAAUUCGAUUUGAUUGCACAGAUAACAAGUCACUACGAUUUAUCGUUAUGCACGUAACGCCCUUUAGAAUUCGAUUUGAUUGCACAGAUUACAAGUCACUACGAUUUAUCGUUACGCGUAUAACGCCCUUUAGAAUUCGAUUUGAUUGCACAGAUAACAAGUCACUACGAUUUAUCGUUACGCGCGUAACGCCCUUUAAAUUUCGUUUUCAUUACGCAGAUUACAAAUCGCUGCGAUUUGUCGUUACGCGUAUAACGCCCUUUAAUAUUCGAUUUGUUUGCACAGAUUACAAAUCGCUGCGAUUUGUCGUUACGCGUAUGACCCCCUUUAGAAUUCGAUUUGAUUGCAAAGAUUACAAAUCGCUGCGAUUUAUCGUUGCGUGACAGGAAGAGAAAGAGAGCCUUAUAACCUUUAUUAUGUUCGCUCUUUCCUUUCGAUUCUCUCGCAAGGAUAUCAAAGGAAUUGUUAAAUCUGCAAGCUCCAUUUAUCUAAAUCCUUCAAGGGAACUUAUACAACUUAUACAGCAAUUCUUUUGAUUUCUUCGCAAAAAAAAAUCGAAGGAAUCGUUAGAUUUGCAAGUUCCAUUUGCCUAAAUCCUUUUAGUGGAAUUUGUACAACUUAUACAGCUAUUCGCUCUCUGUUCUUUUGAUUUCUUCGUAAAAAUAUCAAAGGACUCGUUAGAUCUGCAAGUUCCAUUUAUCUAAAUCCUUCAAGGGAACUUAUACAACGUAUACAGCAAUUCUUUUGAUUUCUUCG